AUGUCUAAGAUUCUUGCUGUGUUUGGUGCCACUGGCAUUCAAGGCGGUUCGGUUGUCCGGGCUAUCCUCAAUGACAACGCUCUUUCUUCAGAGUUCAAGAUUCGAGCCAUCACUCGAGAUGCCUCCAAGCCAGCCGCACAGGAGUUUGCUGCUAAAGGGGUCGAGAUCGUAACAGCGGACAUGUCUUCAGUUGAACUAGUUGCGUCAGCCGUCGAAAAAGCUCACACAGUUUUCUUGGUUACCAAUUUCUGGGAGAAUUUCUCGGAAGAGGUUGAGAUCUCGCAGGGCAAAGCUGUCACAGAUGCUUGUAAGGCUGCUGGUGUGCAACACUUGAUCUUUUCUUCGUUGAUCAACACAACCAAAGCCAGUGAUGGCCGUCUUCCCAAUAUUACGCAUUUUGUGGGAAAGUCAAAGAUUGAGCAGUACAUUCGGGACAGUGGUGUGCCAGCUACAUUUGUGUUGGCAGGUUUAUACAUGUCCAACUUGUUCUCAAUGAUUCGCAAGGGAGACAAUGGCCAUUAUUCCAUGGCCGUCCCGGUAUCAGAGAAAGCACAGUUCCCUUUGUUUGACGCUGCCGGCGACACUGGCAAAUUCGUGGCAGCUACAAUGCGAAACUACCCAACUUGUCUGGGAAAGCAAAUUUACGCCUGCACAAAGUACUACACGCCCUCUGAGAUUGUUUCAGAGUUCUCAAGUGUACUAAAUAUGCCUGCUACCUACGUACAUGUUCCCUCCAAGGUAGCAAAGUCAUUCUUUCCGGACGUUAUGGCCCAGGAGAUGCUCGAAACCUUGCUCCUCCUCGACGAUCCGGGUUACUACGAGAAAGCUGAUUUAGCGGAGAGCUUAAAACUGCUUAACGAAGAGCCGACUACCUGGAAGGAGUUUGUGCACGAAAAUGAAGCGAAUUGGCUGUAG